UAUAUACGAAGCUAGGUAUAGCGUGUUUCCUCAACUCGACCACUCGAGAAGAAAGAAGAGGGCUAGAGCUCAGCUAUACAAAAGCAUAAAGCAGUAAUGGCCUCCUCCAUGUUCUCAUCAUCGGCUGCCGCAGUCGCCACCGCCGCCUCCCCGGCACAAGCCAGCAUGGUUGCGCCAUUCACUGGCCUCAAGUCUGCCUCAGCUUUCCCCAUCACCAGAAAGACCAACAGUGAUAUUACCUCACUCCCAAGCAAUGGCGGAAGAGUGCAAUGCAUGCAGGUGUGGCCUCCAGUUGGUUUGAAGAAGUUCGAGACGCUGUCCUACCUUCCACCGCUUACUUCCGAGUCCUUGGCCAAGGAAGUUGAUUUCCUUCUCCGCAACAAAUGGGUUCCCUGCUUGGAAUUUGAGUUGGAGAAAGGAUUCGUGUACCGUGAGAACCACAAGUCACCGGGAUACUACGACGGCCGCUACUGGACCAUGUGGAAGUUGCCCAUGUUCGGAUGCACCGACGCUUCCCAAGUGUUGAAGGAGCUCGAGGAGGCCAAGAAGGCUUAUCCAAAUGCUUUCAUCCGUAUCAUCGGAUUCGACAAUGUCCGUCAAGUUCAGUGCAUCAGUUUCAUCGCCUACAAGCCUGCAGGCUACUAAUUCAUUUGUGUUACUCAAAAAUCAUAUGUUUCAUCAUCCGCCCACACCCAUCCAUCUCUUAUAUCCAAUGCAUGUAAUGUAAUGUACUCCCUCCCUCCACCCCCCCCCCCCCCCCUCGUAGCUAGCUGAUUAAGCUGUUGCUGGGUCCGUUUGUGGUUCCCUUUGAAUUUGCAUUUGAAUUUGUAUUUGGUUCAAUUAGGCUGCCUGUGCAACACCCUUCUUUCUACUUCCUUUUUCGAGACAAUCUUGUUUGUUUUCGAAUUUGGUUCUGUUUCUCGGAUUCAGAGACUGGUUGGUUGUUGAGAAGUACUGAAUAAAACAUAUCCGUGUUUCACCGUGUUCUUUCUUAAAU